UAUGUGUAUGUAUAUAUAUAUAUAUUUAUGUAUAGUAAGUUCUAUAUUACAUGGAAGAAAGCAUAAGCACUUUGUCUAGACAAAAAGAAAAAACAAAACAAAAAAAGCUUUUUUUUUUCCCCACUUCCAGUUGCUGCUUAACCGACCUCGUUUGAAUGCUGCGAUGUGUACUUGACUUUUACUAUCUUGACCAGGGCAGUGUGACAGAAAGGUGUUGAAUGGAGACAGUCUGUGUCUCAAUGAGUAGUGAGGACUCUGACGUCACAAUCUUCAUUUGCCUUCAGUAGACAUUUCCUAUGGAAAAAUACAAAUUCUGCUUUGGAUUUUUCUUCAGGUCGAUGUACAGUGUUGACACAUUCUCUCUGGCCAGAGAUGGGUAUUGUUGUCAUUGAUUUUUUUUAAAUAAUUUUUUACUUACUGGGGGAAAUCUGAGGUAUUCGAGACAGUAACUCAGAAAAAAGAAAAAGAAAAUAUAUAUCUAUAUAUCUAUAUCGAUGUACUGUAAGGCAGUUCCAUUUGCCAUGGGGAAUCAAUUGGACAGAGGUUUUCUUUCUAAUUUUUAAUUUUAGUUCUGUUUUUGUAAAACCCAUCCAUUCUCAAAAGACAGAAAAGCUACAAAGCCAUUCGUUGUGGUGGCAAAGACUGGCCUUUCUUGUGCCAUCUACAGCUUUCAAAGCAUUUUGUUAUGGAAUUAGCCUAAAGAGACGAUUGUUCUGUACAGUAACUUGAUGGCAAGUGACAAUGAGCAUAUAGAAAUGGAAAUGCAUGUUGUCCUUCUGUCGGUGGCCUGCUGUAUUGAGAGCUUUUAUUAGAUAUUGUAGUAUGCUGUUGCAAGCUCUCACAUUCAACAUGGUAGUGAGCUGUGCGAUGUAGUGUUUUAACCAGGGGACUCUGUGGCAUUCAAGCAGUUAUGGAAAAGGUUGCUAUUUAAAGCCAGUAUUUUUAUCGUAUUUCGUUUUCUUUUUCUGCUGCUUAUGUUUUAUAUAGAGAUAUUUUAAAAAAACAUAUGCACACACACACACACACACACACACACACAUGCUUAAACAUUUAUAAAAGUGUGUUUGUUUAGCUAAAUAUAGCUUUAUUUAACAUUAACAUCCAUAAUAGGCUCUCAAAAUCACAGUGUAAUCUGACAUAAAAUGCAUAUUCCAUAAUUUUGUAUCAUAUUACUUUUUCAAAGGGAAAUAAUGUAGCUUUGUGUUUUUAAAAUAUUUGCGUGGUCUUUUGGUUUAAUUAUUACAUGUACAUUUUCUUAUUAUGUGCAUUAUUAUUUAGAGAUACCCAAACCAUGAUAUGCUAUUUCUCUCAAAAUACAUCAAAUGUAUUCUGAAAAAAAAGAGUAAGCUAGCUAUUAAAUCCAUUCUUUAAUUUGUUUUUAUUGUCUGCAUAUUGUUGAUAAUUCAAUCGUUUUGGAUGCAAAGCUGCUAAAUCUUUGUAAAAUUGUAUAGAGAAUCAGACACCAUUCCCUGUUACUUUUAGCAUAUGCAUACACCAUUCAAAAGCUACAAGAAACAUUUAUUUAACUAAUAUUUAUCAAGAGAUGCCACAAUCUUUAUACCGCAAAUUCAUCCAAUACAUUUGGAUCUCAGUGAGUAACUUGCCUUCAAUUUGUCCAAAAAUGGCUACAGUAUAUAUUCAAGAGGAAUCAAACAAGCAUUUACACCUUUCCUUGUCAGUUAUAUGGUUCAAGUUAUGCCUGUUUGUGUAGAUAUGUGUUCGAUGUAUAUAAGAAAGAUUAAUCUUAUUGGUGCACUAUGCAGGUUUUACUCUGUAGUAUGACAGGAUGUUGCUUUAGUUUACAGCACUUCUAUUUUUUUUAACAAUUGUACCUGAUUGAUGGUUAUUGGACAAGUGGAUUUUAAAAUUGGUUCUUAUAGAUGGUCAUAUACCACAUGGUGACUAAGCUGAAAAAUCUUUUGAUAUUUUGAUAAGCAUUUCACGGAAGGCGGCCUGUCUUAUUGUUGCUAAAUAAACAUGCUCUUUCCAAUGUAUGUAACCUAUUGAAUGUUGUAUUUUGGUUUCUUUUUUGGUUUCCUUUUUGUCUCGAUGUUUAAUGGACCUUUACGAAGCAUUCUACCACUCUGUGCAUUUUGUUACUCUGUAUCUUGUGUAAUUGUUUAAACUUGAGUGUUCUUUAAAAGUAGAUUCACAUACAGACUGUAGUUUGACCAUCAGAAACUGUCACGCUUGCAUAAUGAUGAUUUUAGGUUAAGUCUGAACUAAAAACAUGCAUUCCUUCAUACCAUGACUCUAAACUUACCAUUUUGCUUCUAAAUGUUCCAUUAACACAUCUAUAUGCUGUUGUCAUCCCUUUUGAUGGUAAUAUUUGAAACCAUUGAUGCAGCACCAUGGAGCUUGCAUAUACAUGGCAUGAUUGUCAUGCAUGCUAAACCUUGCUAAAUUGAUAUUGUAAAGUGCAACUGACUAUUCAUGGAGCUUUUGCGGUGGACUUUGAGGCAGAAGAAUUCUUUAUUUGAACCAAUGAGCACAAAUGGGAAAAUAAAUGUUUUAUAUGUGUCGCACAUACUUUGAUUACACUCUGUACCAUCUGCAAGUACAAAAAGCUGAAAUGACCCGCAUUGCACUUGGUUUUACAAAAUUGUUUAUUUUUUCCAAUGUUAUUUUUGAAACGAUGCCUGCAGAAUCAGGUGCCUUAUUCAAACAUGAAAAUCCAAACUUGACCUAUUGACCUUUUUUAUUGCAAAGAGAUUUUCGCCCAAUAUGCCAAGAAUUAAAACACGAGUCCCCCCCCCCCCCCCCUUUUGUUUUUUUUUUUGCUGUGUUGCGCAGUGAGCUUGCUUCAGGUGAAAACUGUUGCUGCUUUGCCCUCCUACAGUUUUCAUUUAAAGAUGAAUGUAGUCUUCCUUCAGUGGAGUUCAGUAUGAUUAAACAAGUCAACACAUUGAGACAAUAUCCCAUACAUUUUGGUUGAAAGACUAUCCAAAGAGUGCUGCAAUCAUAGACUCAUUUAAAAAUGUUUAUAUCAUCAAUAUCUAUAUGUAUUUCAAGCAUUUUCUUUUUGUCUUGAGAUUUGUUUGUAUUUAUGCUCAAAACAGUAGGUUCUUGCACAAGUUUGAAUUGUCUCUGCCUUUGUUCCUCUUUUUUUAACUUGUACUUGCCAUACAUCCUUUCCAUACUAUCUCAACUGUGAUGUUUUCUAGUAGAAGCAGGUUAUUCCAUUUUAACAUGAUGCUUUGUAAAAUGUAUCUGAGAUAACUGAAACCCAGUGGUGAAUAAGGUGUUUCUACACAAGCCCUCAGAGUGGAAGAUGCUUUGCAAAAACAAUGUUGAACCUUGUCAAGAUUGUGUCCCCUCACCAAUGCUCAAGAUUAUUGUGCCUCCUGAUUCCUCUGGUUCUACUGUUCCUCAUAUUGCUGGCUAUGACUUUUCUUGGAGCAGAGUCACUCAUCAACAAACAAAAAUGGCCUUCAGCGGUUGUUCUCCAAUGAACAUAAUCAAGGUUUUCCAAAAAACACAAAAAUGACACAAGCAGAUGUGCGCAUUGUUCAACCUCAAGAUCGAUCUGUGAUGGAAUUUGGUCAUGGAGUGUGGGAAGUCAUCUGUCGGUGGCAUGGCAAACCACUCACGGAUAAGCAAAGCAGCGAUGUUCCUCUUCAUUUUUUUGGGAUGGGCAUGCUUUCCUUGCACCCAGUCACUCCCUCUGAGUCUUCUUUUGUUGGUUUCCGCUGCAUGAUUCCUUUCAUGGCGAUGGAGGAAAGAAGCUCUUCUUUUUAUUGGGUUCAAAAACACUUGGACAUUGGGUAGGAGUCCUGUCUCGCCGCCCAUGGUGCUGAAUUUAAAAAAAUGUACUUGAAUGCCCUCAGUGACAUGAGAGCUAUGACUUGGCAUGUGUUGUCAAUCUUGCGCUAGAAACAGUUCCAAAACGUUGCUCUUACGACAUCUGCUCAAGCCACUGUAACACCUGUGCCAAGACCUGGCCCCGUGUACUGGGCCCACAUAUUGGACUUGGACUGAACCAGUGGUCGGGUGGGAAAAGGGGCGUGUAAAUGUAGCGGUGAAAGCGAAGUUUGUUUGCUUUGUUUUUCUUUUUAUGUUGAGGAAGACAUGGUGAGCUAGUAGGGUCACUUGGACUGUUGGCCCCAGAUCUCUUAACUUUGCACUGAUGUGCACUGGACACAUUCGAUUCACUACUCUACAACCAAUGUUACCAAAUACGCCGACAACCAACCCUUGUAUCUGUCCUAUCAGCGCACUUAUUCACAAUGAUUAUGCUGCAAUGAUUUACACCCCCUUCCAACCUUUGCCAAAUUUACAUUCAAUGACUGAAUUGACCUGCAACAUUGGAAGCGGUUUGCGAAAUUUAACCAGGCCACCAAAAAGUUUUUAUUUCGAUAUUUUCUUUCUCUUUUUUUAAAUCCAUGCAACAUUCAGUUUUCAAUGAUUGACGUAAUUGUCACCCAUUUGAAAAAAGAGAAAAAAGAAAAAAACAAUACGUGAACUUGUGCUUCUAAAUAAUGUUGUACGGUAUUCUACUUGAUAAUUUAGCAUGGGAAUCUUCAGUAGCUAGUACUGUGUGUGUACUCCCCAAGUGUAAAAUCUCUCUCUUUUGUUUUCCUAGUCACAGUAGGAAGGCUGUAUUUCAUUGCUAAGUGCUCUGUCAUAGAUCUCUUGGUGAUAUUCUUAAGCAAAACUCUGCAGAAGUGUAUCCUACUGAAACUAACAGUUACUUGAUCCUAUUAGACAUGUCUAUAUUUGUAGUUCAUAUAUACGCCUGUUCAAAUACAAUAUCUUGACAGUUGUUCUAUUUAUGUUUCAGUGUUGUGCUGGGUUUUUUUGACAUGCUUAUAACAUUUACUUUCACUUUUCUUUCUUUCUUUUGUUUCGGCACAACUUCUUGGAGAAUAGCAAGGUUUCAUUGAGCCUUGCUAAUGUCCAGAUGUGAAGUAGGCUUAAAAGCAGUUGUGAUUUGAUCUUCAAAAUGUGUCUGUUUGUGUUAUUGUGCCUCUUAUUAUUUGAUUUCGAUUUUUGUAUUACCUUUAAUUAUGUCACUGCAUUGGAUCAGCCCGGAGUUGGUACCACAAUUCUGCUUGUAACCAUGAUAGUCUAAUUCUAUUAUUGAUUUUACUAUCAGAAAUAAACAUUAGAACGUACAGUACUUUAUCUGUGUGUUUUUAUCAGAACACCUUAAAAAUUACGAUUCUGUCAUUUACAAAAGAGUGAACACAAGAAGCACAAGAACUCUGAGUUAAGUCACAAAAUUAAUACUGAGCAGGCAGUAGAUUUACACACAUAAAUAUAUUUUUGAGAAAAGAAACUGUACAGUAUGCUGGACCCAGUGCCCAACUAUGCCAUUCUGUUCUUCCCUUCCUCCUAUUCUUUCACUCUUCCUCACUCUGUUCUUGGUUGCCUUUCAGUUCCAGCAACAGUCAUGCAUUUCUUAGUCAGCAUGAAACGACAAACUUUCACCUACCAUCCCAUCUAAUAGUUGUGCGCUUAUGGUUUCCAUCACAGUACUGUGUGAAUGUUUCUAACAUAUUUUCUUAUAGUUUAAUGAAUGAAUCCACACUGUAUGCUUGGAGCCCACAAAUAUAAUAAUUAUGACCAACCAGCUGAAAAAAAUGUCUAAAAACCUUAUAGAUUUAAGUUAAAUAAAAUAUAUAGCAUUUUACCUUUAUUUUUUCCAUGAGCAUUACCUCACCACCCCACUGUUAGUGUGACCGGUAGUAACACAUUAAAGACAUUUUCUUUUUUCAUUUUAGCUAAGAUGUUAGAGAUACUUCAGAUGCAUAAAGCACAAGCAUAUCUACUAACUUUUACUACUUUCAUGAAAAACAUAUAUUUUGAACUGAAACUGAGCAACACCACAGACACCAUAAUAUGUGACAAAGUUAUGCAGAUAUUUAACAAAAAUUGUAAGUGUUGUCAGACCCAACCUUGCUUUCAAGAUUUUUUUUUUUUUUUUUUUUUUAAUAUAUUGAUUCAUGGACAAAAUAAUUGUAUUAUUUAUUAUGAUAAAAAAGAUAAAUACUUUGAGUGGUUAUAGGUUAUUUAUUUAAAUGUAUGUAGUUAAAUUAGGCUAUCAUUGUACUCAGUGACAUGACUCAUUAUCUUGGUUUUUUUUCCACAAUGUGUUAUAUUAAAGGAAUAUUCCGUGUUCAUUACAAGUUAAGCUCAAUCAGCAGCAUUUGUAGCAUAAUGUUGAUUUCCGUAAAAAAAAAAAAAAUCAUUUGACUACUGGGAUUACAGUCAGGCACUUACAAUGGAACUGAAUGGGGGCCAAUUUUUUUUAACAUUAAAAUAUUCACUAUUUCAAAAGUAUAGCCACAAGACGUAAACAAUAUGUGUAUAAACGUUAUUUUAGUGUGAUAAAACCACUUACUAACCUUUUCUGUGUAAAAUGAUAUCCAAUUUGACAACUUCGUUGCCAUGACGAUGUAAUGUCAACAAACCCUAAAACCCUAUAAUGACUUUAAAAUGAUGAUAUAAACAACUUUGUAGCUCAAAUAAUAACAAAGUUUUAACAGGAGAAUUAAUGUAAGUGCCUUUAUAAAAUUGUAAGCUUCACGUUUCUGUAUUUUAAACCUUCCCAAAAUUGGCCACAUUCACUUUCAUUAUAAGUACUUCAAUCAAAUACUGUGAUGCAAUGAAAUGUUUCUGAAAUUGAUUUCAUGAGACACCCAGCACUUCACUCUUCAGGCCACUGCAUCGCGCGCAGAACCAGCCUGAUCUCGUGAAAUUUACCUGACUAUGCCCACUAAUUUUGAAAGACUUAACGCGUUAUGAAAAGGCAGUUAGGGUUGGACCUUCUGACUUUCCGUAUAACAACAAACAUGGCGUCCUCCGCUGAUGUACACGUCCGAAUAUGUAGCCAAGAAAUUAUUAAAUACGAUUUAGAAAUCAAAGCUCUUAUUCAGGACAUCAGAGAAUGUUCUGGGCCGCAGACAGUGCUGAUGGAUCUGAAUGCCACGGUGAAGGAAAAGUUCAGUCAGUUAAGACAGAGAAUACAGGACAUGGAGCAGAUGGCUAAAGAACAAGACAGAGAGACCGACAAGCAAGCUAUCUUGAGUGAAACUGAAGGCCAUCGGAAGCAGAUGUUAAGUAACCAGAUGGCGUGGAGAAAGGCCAAUCUGGCCUGCAAGCUGGCCAUUGAUAACCUGGAGAAAGAUGAACUGCUUCAGGGGGGUGACUCUGUGAGACAGCGGAAAGCCACUAAGGAGAGUCUGGUGCAGACUUCCAGUGACAUCACAGAGAGUCUGAUGGGCAUCAGUCGUAUGAUGGCACAGCAGGUGCAGCAGAGUAAAGAGACCAUCGGCACUUUAGCUACAUCUUCAAGGACUGUGCAAGAGACGAAUGAAGAGUUUAAGUCUAUGACGGGCACCAUCCAUUUGGGGAGAAAGCUCAUCCUAAAAUACAAUCGGCGCGAACUAACCGACAAACUGCUGAUCUUUUUAGCUCUCGCUCUGUUUCUGGCGACUGUGCUCUAUAUCCUGAAAAAGAGACUCUUUCCCUUUAUUUAGUGGAAAAGGAAACUCAACCCACUGCUUUCCGUAACUCACUCAUGAAGGUUUCAACCCAAUUUGACCCCACAUUUAUCACAGCAGACCUGGCAUGAACUUCAAAAUAACUUCGGUGGAUGAAGAAUUCCCUGCCAAGAGGAAAGAAGCACAUUUGUGCACUGAUGGUAGUGAGGUUCAGUGAAUAGAAGGAUGCAUAUAACAACAUAUAUUGCAACUGUGUAUGUUGGACUGGAGUUGCUGAGCAAAUUAUAUCUAUUACAUACAAAAUCUAUUUAAGUAUUCAGUCCAUAUUAACUGGCUUGAAAAUUCUCUAGGACAAUAAGACAGGACAUUAAAGUGCAGAAAUUAGAAUGAGAUUUUCAAGAGGAAAUAAGUGCAGAUACGGCAGCAUUUUAAUUUCCAAUAUUAGUAUUAACAAUUACGUUUCCAUUUCAGUUGCAUAUUUUUAUCUUUUGUGAAAAUAUUGUAAUAACAGUAAUCAACUUUGUUGUUUGGUUAAGUGUAGAAUGUUUUGAUCUCAGGUUAAUUCUGUAAUAUUCCAGACCCCGAUGGGUAACCUCUGCAUAAACUUCAGAAAAACCUUGCUGCAAGACGUCUGUGCCUUAUGAACUUCAAGAUGCUGCCACUUCUUUUAAUAGUUGCUUAAAUACUUAAUGUCCUGUAUAUAGCUCAUUAGAAUUGAAAGAAAAUGAAUUUUUAAGUUUUAGGCUCAUUUUAUAUAUUUAAAGCAUUCAUCGAAAUUUGUCAAGAACAUGUCCAGGUCACAUUUCACAUAAAAAAAUAAAUAAAAAAAAACAACAACUAUUUUUCAUUAUUGUAUUGCAGAAAGAAAAAAAAAAAAGAUAAAUAAAACAUUAUAUAUAUUAAUUGUAAAUAAUGUAGUUUUUGUUGCGCUUGU